AUGAGAUUUUCCAUCGCCAAUGCCCUCUUCCUGGCGGCCGGCCUGAGCGCCGCGGCCCCGACGGCGCAGGACAAGCUCAAGGGCCCCGAGCUCAAGCACUGGCCUCGUGAGGCGGCCAAGGCGCUCGACAAGAUGAUUGCGGCCAAUGCCAACAAUGGCAGCUAUGCCGUCUUCGACAUGGACAACACGAGCUACCAGAAUGACCUGGAGGAGGCGCUCCUCCCUUACCUGGAGAACAAGGGGGUCCUCACGCGCGACACCAUCGACCCGUUCCUGAAGCUGAUCCCGUUCGAGGACACGGCGACGCACAAUGAGUCGCUGUACAGCUACUACGACCGGCUGUGCGGCAUGGCCGACGACAUCUGCUACCCGUGGAUAGUGGAGGCCUUCAGCGGGAUUCCGCUGCGCGAGCUCAAGGGCUACGUGGACGAGCUCAUGGCGCUCAACACGACGGUGCCGACGACGUACUUUGGCUCGGACGGGUCGCUGGCGACGAUGGAGAUCAAGCCGCCCAGCGUGUUCGAGGGCCAGGUUGAGCUGUACAACCGGCUCAUGGCCAACGGUAUCAAGGUGUACGUCAUCAGCGCCGCGGCCGAGGAGCUCGUCCGCAUGGUGGCCUCGGACCCCAGGUACGGCUACAACGUGCCGCCCGAGAACGUCAUCGGCGUCUCGGCCCUCCUCAAGGACAGGCAGGGCCACCUCACGACCGCGCGCCAGCAGAUCGACCAGGGCGAAUAUACCGCCGCCGCGCGCCAGCGCAACCUCGACUCCUCCAUCAUCCCGUUCCUCUGGGCCCCCGCCACCUGGAAGACGGGCAAGUGGUCCGCCAUCCUCGCCUACAUCGACGAGUGGAAGAGGCCCGUACUCGCCGCCGGCGACACCCCCGACAGCGACGGUCCCAUGAUCUUCCACGGCGUCAACGUCGACCGCGGCGGCAUCCACCUCUUUGUCCAGCGCAGCAACGAAACCAGGAGCGAGAUUGACACCAUGAUCAAGGACUUCUCCCAGGCCCAGAGGGACGAGGGUCUUCCCGUCACCGCCGACAAGAACUGGGUCAUUGUCAAGCCCGCUGACCUUCACCGCACACACUAG